ACCAGGCGAAGCGGCAGGCAGCGGGCCACCAGGCGGAGCGGCAGGCACCGGGCCCCCGGGCAUGGCGACAGGCAUCGGGCCCCCAGGCGGGGCGACAGGCCUCGGGCCCCCAGGCGGGGCGACAGGCCUCGGGCCCCCAGGCGGGGCGGCGGGCACCGGACCCCCAGGCGGAACUACAGGUCUCGGUCCCUCAGGCGGAGCGGCGGGCACCGGACCCCCAGAUGGAGCGACAGGUCUCGGGCCCUCAGGCGGAGCGGCGGGCGCCGGACCCCCAGAUGGAGCGACAGGCCUCGGGCCCCCAGGCGGGGCGGGCGACAGGCAUCGGGCACCCAGGCGGGGCGACAGGCAUCGGGCCCCCAGGCGGAGCUACAGGUCUCGGGCCCUCAGGCGGAGCGGCGGGCACCGAGUCACCAGGCACGACAGUGGGCACCGAGUCGUCCGGCAAGACUGCGGGCACCGAGUCAAACUGGCGGAACAGAGGGGCAUCGAGUCAACUGGC